UGCAGGUGCCGACGGGGACGGUAGCGGUGGCGUCCGACUCAAGAAUACUCGCGCAGAUACACACACACACGCACAGGUGUUCCAGAAUGCAACCCCCAUCGAGACCCAACAUGCUCCUUCUGGCGAUGGCGCUGACGGCUCUGGUCCAGGUUUCCCUCGCGGUGCCAGCCAGGGAGCGCCCUCUGAAGCCCUGUCCAGAUGGCUUCCAAGCGGUGAUAGUGGACGGCAAGCAGGACUGUGUGUGCGCCCACUACCACGUGUACUGGCCCCACACGGGUCUCUGCUACCCGGAGUUCACGCGGGGGCCAUGCGGGCGGGGUCAACAGCUGGCGGCUAACGAGACGGGCCACGCUGAGUGCAGGUGCCCCGGCUUCUGGGCGCGCUACAAGGACGGCGCCUGCUACCAGGAGUACACGCAGGGCCCGUGCCAGGUGGGCGAGCUGUUCAUGGGGCGCACGGCGGGCGGCGAGGGCUUCUGCUCCUGCUCUUCCGAGAUGGUCAUGCACUACUUCCGCGCCGACGGCCGCUGCUACCCGCUGUACGAGCAGGGCCCCUGCCCCAAGGGCCACCUGCUCAAGUUCGACUACCGCACGCUGGAGCCCGUGUGCGAGUGCCGCGACGGCUUCAUGCUCGAGGACGACGGCGUGUGCUACGAGCUGAACACGGCCGGCCUCUGCGACCAGGCCAAGUGCCAGGACGGCGGCAUCAACUGCUACGUGCGCAACCUGGACACGCUCAAGACUGAGUGCACGUGCCUGCCCGGCAACGUGACCACGGCCGACGGCCACUGCUUCCAGCCGUACUCGCGCGGCCCGUGCCCGCUCGGCAACUGGCUGGUGUUCUCGGAGCCCGGCGUGGCCGUGUGCGAGCGCAAGACGCAGUGCGCGCGCUUCGACAACUGGUUCUUCUGGACGCCCGACCAGCGCUGCUACCGCCAGUACUCGCGCGGCCCCUGCCCCGAGGGCCAGCUCUUCUACCUGGACCUCAACACCGGCGUGUCCGGCUGCCACUGCCGCCGCGAGUGGACGCCCUACUACUGGCCCGAGGACGGCCAGUGCUACGAGCAGCACUCCGUGGGCCCCUGCCCCGCCGGCAUGUACUUCAGCUUCAACCAGACGUCCGGCCAGACCGAGUGCAACUGCUUCACCUCGCACGUGCUGCACGAGGAGUCCCAGACGUGCUACGAGCGCCUGACCCGCGGCCCGUGCCCCGAGGGCCAGCUGGUGACGGAGGACGCCGCCACGGGCCGCAUGGCCUGCGACUGCCACGCCGGCAUGAGCACCCACUACUGGAGCCGCGACGCCCGCUGCUACCAGCACUUCCUGCAGGGCCCGUGCGCCGCGGGCCAGACCUUCCGGCUGGACCCCGUGGCCGGCAGCCCCGCCUGCAUCACCUGGGGCUGAGCGCGCGGCCUCCUGCAGCGCGCGCGGGCCAGGCGCCUCCGGUCCCGAGACGCACCUCCAAGUCUGCUUUCCUCUUGCGUUCUGAACGGUCAUUUGUCCUCUGCUGAUUACCUGAAAACUUCUACGUUACAUGGCCAAUAUGCA